AUGACUUACAACACAAGCACUAUCACGAGCGCGCAAAAUCCACCUGCUGCGCCAGCUUCUCAACACGAUAUCAUUGCCCAAUUUUCGGAUGCACCAAGCACUACAAGCGAAAGCACGAGCUACAUCGUCAUCAGAAAUAUCAUACCGGUGUCAAGCCUCAUCGAUGUACUAUCUCAGGGUGUAAGAGAUCCGGCGAGAAUCUUUACGCGAAAAGACCAUUUGACACAGCACGUGAGAAAGGUGCAUCAGACGACGAUUCCUUCCAUGACAACGAACAGCGCAUGA